AUGAUCUCGCUAGGUUUCAUCGUUCGUCUAGCCAACCAGGAGAACAGACGAAACAGAAGGUCCGAAACAAACAUUAAAGAUCGUCUUGUCUCAGGGGAACUAUCAGACGGUGGCAGAGUGCGAGCCAGGGAUCAAUACGAUGUCCCGAGAGGGCAUCUUGCGGUCUACGUGGGCCGUGAAGAGAUGCUGCAGAGGUUCGUGAUACCAACCAAGUAUCUUGAAUAUCCGGAGUUUAGGAGUUUGAUGGAUGAAGUAGCUGACGAGUUUGGGUAUGAACAUGAAGGAGGGAUUCAUAUUCCUUGUGAGGGAAGUGUUUUUGAAGAGAUUUUGAUUAGAUACAUGUCAUCUGACAAGAAGAAAUAA